AUGUCUCUCAACAUCCAGGUGCAUCUCUUGAGUGGCAGAACGGUCUCACUGGAAGCAGGACUGGAUGACUCUGUGGAAUCCUUAAGGCGGCGUGCACAGAAGUCUUUCGCAGCGGCCAUCUUAGUUGUUGGCAGGGGAAGGCUCGUGGUCUCCUCCGAAGUUGCCCUUUGUGAAUCUGCGACACUCAGAGAGGCCAACUUGAAGAAUGGCGAUUCACUCUUCUUUCAGGUCAGGCAGGUGCAGCUUUCUGCCACCAUGCGGGCGUUUUCUGCCAUUCGUGGCGAUGGAUCUGUUGUGACCUGGGGUGAUGCCUAUUCUGGUGGUGUUAGCAGUGCCGUACAGGAUCAGCUAAAGAACGUGCAGCAGAUCCAAGCUGCUCACGCGGCUUUUGCUGCCAUUCUCUGCGAUGGGUCUGUCAUUACCUGGGGCGAUCUUCGCCUUGGUGGCGACAGCAGUGUUGUACGCAGUCAGCUGCAGAAUGUGCAGCAAAUUUCCGCCGCUCAAUCUGCUUUCGCAGCCAUACGUGGUGACGGAUCUGUGGUGACUUGGGGUGGUGCUUUGGGCGGUGACAGCAGUGCGGUGCAAGAUCAGCUCAAGAAUGUUCAGCAGAUCCAGGCAUCCAACGGUGCCUUUGCUGCCAUUCUUGCCGACCGAUCUGUCGUGACUUGGGGUAUGGAUGAUUAUGGUGGUGACAGCAGUGCUGUGCAACAUCAGCUGAGGAAUGUGCAGCAGAUCCAAGCCUCUGAGCGUGCUUUUGCGGCCAUUCUUAGCGAUGGGUCUGUCGUGACCUGGGGUGAUGCUCGCUAUGGCGGUGACAGCAGUGUGGCUCAGGAUCAACUGAAGAACGUGAAGCAGAUCCAAACCGUGAGCUGCCGGGGUGCCUUUGCAGCCGUUCGUGAAGAUGGAUCUGUCACGACGUGGGGUGACCCUCGCUUUGUUGGUGCCAGUGAUGCUGUGCAGGAGCAGCUGAAGAAUGUGCAGCAGAUCCAAGCCUCCAAGGGCGCUUUUGCUGCAAUCCUUAGCGGGGCGACCGUCGUGAGCUGGGGUGACGCUAGCUUCGGUGGUGACAGCAGUAAGGUUCAGCAUCAGCUGAAGAAUGUGCAGCAUAUCCAGGCCACUCACGGGGCAUUUGCUGCUGUUCUUGCCGACCGAUCUGUUGUGAGCUGGGGUCUUGCUACCAAUGGUGGUGACAGUGGUGCUGUGCAGAGCCAGCUCAAGGCUGUUCAGCAUAUCCAAGCCACGCGCCGAGCCUUUGCAGCCGUGCUUGAAGAUGGAUCCGUGGUGACCUGGGGUCAUGCUAACGAUGGUGGUGACAGUAGUGCUGUGCAAGAACAGCUGAAAAAUGUGCAGCAGAUCCAUGCCACUGUGAGUGCUUUUGCCGCCGUUCUCAGCAAUGGAUCUGUUGUCACGUGGGGACAUGCUGGCCUAGGUGGUGACAGCAGUGUGGUGCAUGAGCAGCUGAUGGGCAUCGACAUCUAG